AUCCAAAUGAGCAUCCAAAUGUCAAAAAAAAAAAAAAUCAUAUGUUAAAUGAUGUGCUGAACUGAAAUUGAACUAGUCACCUAAUCAAUGACUGACCUAAAGAUCUCCUGUCCGUUUGAUUAUUAUGCAGCUUAGGUGUAUCCGGUGAGUGUUUGAAGGUGGUGUUGGGUUUUGAGUCAGGUUUGAGUUCUAGAAAAAAUCACGUACUUUCUGAUGACCCCCUCCACCAGCUCGAGCCACCAAAAUGAAUCGCCGGCCACGCCCCUUGAGCUGCGGACGCAGGAGACAAAACUGCGCGCACAAAUAGCUGAGCACAGCUGAGCGCAGCGGGGGGUCGACGUGCAGCGCUUCAGUCUGAACCAUUAUAAGGAGUCUCAAAUCCCAGUUAACGGAUAAAGCAGGCAAGUGCAAUUCCUUUAGACGGUGCGAUGGUGAAGUAAAGAACUUGCCAAGGUUGAAGCGUUCAGGGAAGCCGCUUGUUUUUUCUUCAAUAUCUGCAGACCGGCAUGAAGGUCCACUCGAGAUGGAGCUGUUUUGUGAUAUUUUUUGUGCAUCUUUCACGCCUCACCUGGGCAGCUUUGGAAGCUCGGCCUUCUGUUUCCAUCAGCGUUACAGAGGAAGACCCCACAAGACUGGAAUGCAAGUCUGAGCAGUGGGGUACCACACCAAAAAUUACCUUGAGAGACAUGAAUGGAGUGGACAUGACAUCUGAGUACGACAUAACGGAAGAGCGGGACAAGGGGGGGAUUCUCAGAGUUAACAGCAUCAUCCCCAUCAAGCAGGAGUUCAAUGUGUUCUCCUGUCUGAUGAGAAGUACAGAGCCAAAACCUGACUGGCAUUCAGAGGUUGUCCUUUACUAUUUUUCUCCAGGAGUCUCAGGCUGGAUGUUGGCUUUCUGGUCGUUGUUUGCUGUCUGCGUGACAGUGGCGGCUUUGCUGGUAUUUAAAUGGCAAAAAAUGCAAGAACAUAGUGCAAGCUAUGACCCGAAAGUUAACUUUUUACGACUCUGUUACCUGCGCAAGGAAUCUGAGAUAAUAAAUGAUCCAGCUGUCAAACUGACCACUCCAAAGGUUAUACAAAGUUACAGUCAUGAAGACCUGUUCAAGUUAACCAAGUACUUCAAGCCCAACCUGGUCUUCAUACUUAAAUUUAAAAUAUCAUACAUCCUGCAAACCCUGGUCACCAGGCAGAUCCUGACCAGCGACGAGGCAAAGAUUGUCAAAGCUAAACAAGAGUCAGAGGGUACAAAAGGUGUGCAGUCAUUCAUUGAUGAAAUGAUGUCAAAAGAUGGGAUGGCGCUGGUCAGCUUGUGGGAGGCACUGAAUGAAGAAUAUGAGAGAUGUCCAAAGCAAAACCUACAUGAAAUAAUAAUGGAGGUGACCGAAUCGGGAAAGAAGCUGUUGGUGGAGAUUCAGACCAAUGUCCACCCACCUCUUCUUGAGCCUCAUAUUAAAGACCUCCAUGAGACACACAGACUUGCUGUGUCUGAAUCCAUAAGAAGUCUGGAUGAUCGGUCGUCUUUUCUGGGAGAUUCCCAUAUGAGAGCUGUGGACUUUGAGACCCAAUACACAGAGCUGAUUGUCCUUAAAGAUGGCCAUUGGGUGAAAUGGGAGGAAUUCCUGAAUAAUAAGAGUCCUUAUGCAGAGGUGGUGGAAGAGUGGAUCGAGGACAGAUGUGUGCGAAUUUGGGAUGAGCAGCUGUUUAAAACUCCGGGAGGUAUAAAUCCCUCCAACACCGCAUUGGUCAUAGGGGAGGCAGGGAUUGGGAAAACCACCAUGGUCCAGAAGAUUAUGUUUGACUGGGCAAGAGGUAGUCAUUACCAGAGAUUUGCAUUUGUAUUCCUGUUUAAAUUUCGGGAUUUCAACUUCCUAGAUGAUGGGAAGGAGCCAAGGAUGUCGCUGAAUGAAUUGAUUGUAAGUCACUAUAAAUAUCUUGGUGAUGGAAGACUAGGAGAAAUCCUGCAGCAACCCAACUCACUCCUCUUUAUAUUAGAUGGACUAAAUGACUAUAAACACAAACUGAACUUGUCCCAUUGGCCACUCUGCUCAGACCCCAAUGACGAUGUUUCUGUCAGCAUUCUGUUUGCUAGUCUGGUCAGAAUGACAUUACUGAAGGGCUGUUCAGUCCUGCUCACAGGCACGCCAACAGCAUUGCAUUCCCUGGGGUAUGGCGUUAAUCUAGGUGCAGUGAUCUUAGGCUUUGUCCCUGAAAAAAGACUGACAUACUUUAAGAAGAUGCUUGGGGAUGAAAAUCUGGGUGUUCAGGCUAUGAGAUAUGUGGAGCAGAACGCUGUCCUGUACAGCAUGAGCUUCAACCCCUCGUACUGUUGGAUUAUCUGCGCUGUGCUGAAAAGCCACUUCACGACACCUGAAAAAGAGCGAGAUCCCACUCCCAAAACUGUCACUGAGCUCUUUGUGAUGUUCCUUCAUAACAUCUUGACCAGUCACAGACAAGACGCCGAAGAACAGAGGACAAUUCUGAUCAAACUUGGAAAAAUGGCUUAUUAUGGGGUGGACAAAGGGAUUCAUAUCUUUUCUGAGAAACAAGAGAUAUCCACCUUUGGUCUCAAACCAUAUCUCUCUUCUCCAUCCCUCUCUGCAUUCCUGCAUAAAGAAGGCACUCUUAAGCACACUACCUACACUUUCAUCUGCCCUAAGCUACAGGAGUUUGUGGCUGCCUGCUCCUUUUACCUUGAUCCAUUAGGUGAUAUCGAGGAACUGCUCGUGAGGCUAAACUCCUGUGACAACGACCAGUUCAAUGUUCUCACUCGAUUCCUGGUAGGACUGGCCAGACCUUCCACAUCUGAAACAUUGGAAGGAAUCCUGGGGGAGUUUGACAAGAAGACAGCAGUUCAGAUCCUGGAAUGGGUGAAAACAAAAGCUUUAGAUAAGCCAGAUCAUCUCCGUCCAGAAAAAGAAAAUGCUCUACAAAUGCAAAUGUGUCACUGGCUCUAUGAGACUCAGAAUGAGGAAUUUACCAAAGAUGUCAUGCGGAAGGAGUUAAACUUCCACAUUGAAGACACUUUAUCGGCUCUGGACUGUGCCGUGCUGGACUUUGUCAUCAGAUGCCGUGGAGAAUGUAAGAGUCUUCAUCUGGAUAAAUCAGAUCUGAGCCCUGAUUGCUCCAGGGGACUGGCACCAUGCUUCAGUGUUUGCAGAUCGGUCAUCCUGUACUGGUGUCGUCUCCCCUCCGGAUGUUGUGCUGAUCUCUCCUUGGCUCUCGCUGCACCACAUUCACAAAUAACUUCUCUGUCGGUGCAUCAAAAUAAACUGGGUGAUUCAGGAGUGCAUCUGCUGUGUGAGGGACUGAGGAGCAAAAACUGCAAAUUAGAGCGCCUAAUUAAGAAGCUCCGCACCUUCAUUUCUCAGAACAAAGUUUGCCUGCUUGAUUCCUCAGAGAGCAUGAUGACCUCGUCUCACAGCUCGACUCGCAGAAACUCAACACAAAGCAACCUGUCUGGAUGUAAUCUCACCUCUGGAUGUUGUGCAGCUCUCUCCUCAGUUCUCUCUUGUCCACACUUGCCGCUGAAAUGUCUGAUUCUGACCUAUAAUCAUAGCCUGGGAGAUUCAGGAAUGCAUCUGCUGUGUGAAGGGUUGAUGGACAAAAACUGUAAAUUAGAGAUCCUGGGGCUGGAAUACUGUGAGCUCACCUCUGGAUGUUGUGCGGCUCUGUCUUUGGCUCUCUCUGCUGAACACUCACGACUGACUAGCCUGGAGAUAGGAGGUAAUGAUCUGGGAGAUUCAGGAGCACACCUGCUGUGUGAGGGGCUGAAGAACAAAAACUGCAAAUUAACAUCUCUGAGCCUGAAAGAAUGUCAUCUCACCUCUGGAUGUUGUGCAGCUCUUUCUUCUAUUUUAUCUUCUUCACACUCAAAGCUGACUUAUUUGAAUCUGGCAAACAAUAAACUGGAGGAAUCAGGGCUUCAUCUCUUAUGUGAGGGCAUCAGGAGUGAAAACUGCAAAUUAGAGACACUUUGUGUGCAUUCUUUCGACAUGAGUGAUUCGGAUUACAAGCCCAUAUCAUCACUAAAGGAGGAGCUGAACAGGUCUGGACGAGGGCUGUUUUGUUAUUGAGCAGACUGAUCUUGGUGUUUAAAGUGACACCCCAGUGAUGGCGCCACCCUGCCUGUCAACAACUCAUUUAAGCUAUCCUUUGUUUUUUUUCCACCUAUACUCUGAGGAUGAUAAACUGUCAAUGUUUUCUCAACGCUCUGUGCUUCUUGUUUACACUAUAAUGAACUUCCGUAAGCCUGAACCCAUGAGAGCAGUAGUAGGAGCAAAUACUGUACACCUAGAAAGUCCCAAUAUGUGGGUGCUGGGGGGCCACAACCUGGAAUCAUCAUAGAAUUGGACGUGACACCGAAGUAAUCCCCAGACAGGACACUGCUAGUGGAAAUGUCCCAAAAGCUGCUAUUGAUGUUGUUUGAACUCAUGUCUCCACCCCCUGUUUACUGUCUACAUUUGGAUACAAUUCAUGACCACUCUUUGUCCCUGCAUUUUUGUGACGCAUAAACACGCACAAGUCUCUUUUUCUCAUCUUCUUAUUUUUCAUUCGCUGGUCUCUACUUCCCUGUUGUUUUGACUUCUAUUCUCAGUAGGAUGCAGUGUCUUCAUAGACAAGAAAUAAGAGCAAAAUCAAAAGACGAGGAGACCUUAGACAAAGUUGUACAGAAGACUGUGACAGACUGGCGCCUCGUCCGUGGCCCAGCCCUUCAAUGUACAUUCUUAAGAGUACAUGUUUUGUUUUGGUAGGGGCCUAGUGUGACCCUCUUCCUCUUUAUAAUCUUUAUUUUGUAGACUUUAAUGGAAAGCUUCAAACCCCAUGCGCUUACCACACUGUCAGGAUUGACUACUAAUGUUGUUGAGGACUUCCUACCCUUUUAUCAUUCUAUAACCCCAAACAAUUAGAUGGAGCACCAGAACAGGCAGGAGAAAAGUCACACAUUUAUAUAUGUCGCAGCAUACAGCCAGGGCCCUUACGCGGCCGGGAUGCCCUGAUUAUGGAAGGACCACACAGGGUGAAGUUUGUAUACUGUAAGCAGCAUUGGCACAGUGCAGAAACCCACCUGGCACAAAUGUACUGGAGUACCUGGUCAUAGUCAGACCAUUGGACUUCAUUUGUUUAGACAGCAAAAGGAAAAAAAAAAAUAAAAAAAUCACACACCAUCCUCUCAGAAUCAUCACUGUUACUGAGCUGAGCCACCUCCAAACCUCAAUUGCCAAUUUACAAAUCCGUUAAUUUCACUUUAACAAAUGAGUGACUGAAUAGCCCAAAGGUAUCACAGACUCUUGUUUUUGUGCCCACUAGAAGGUAUUGUUACUUGUGUUCUUUGUAUAAGGGGUGGCUCUAAAAUUUAGUGCUGCUGCAUAGCAGCCCUAGGCUCUGUAAAAACCUGGGAAAGACUGAAGGACACCUACGGCUGGUCCCCCAGCAGAGGAACAUUAGAACACUCGAGAUGAGAACAGGCCAAUCAGCCCAACAAAGCUCACCAGUCCUAUCCACUUAUUUCUU